UUUUCGUGGCGCCUCCUGUUUAUCGUCCAGCUAAAAGAUGGCGUUAGCGGCUAGCUAAAACGAUUAUUCUUCGUUUGAUUGAAUUAAUUAUGUCGGUGGGAAUAAUUAGUCAUUGCAAAUACUUUAUUACUCUUGAGAUGGGACUUAAAAACAAAGAUUACAGCACUUGUGUUCGCACAAUAACGCACUGUGAUUGUUUGUUGGGCCUUCUCGCAUACAGAGGCCUGUCUUUGUUGGGAGUGGACGAGAGGUUUACAAACUUCAACUCCCAGCAGCAUUGCUAAGAAGUGGGGUCAAAGGGUAAUUUCUUCCACUUGUCAUGCCGUCCCCCUGUCAUCAUCCAUGUCAUCACUUUCUGUCUGAAGUGACUUGUUAGUGAGGAUAAGCAGAAGAGCAGGUGGGUUGGAGACAAUUAGUCGCAUCAUGGCGUCAAAGCCAGUGCCAGGGAUCCAGAAACAUGGGACAUGGGCAAGCAACCCCAGAGAAGUGUCCUCAGCCUCCCCAGAGACCUCUCUGACCUGGUGCCUGUCACAGCUCUCUAAACCUGAGAGAGCAGCAGCCGAGGACCACAAGCCAGGCACUGCAGGGCCGGACACCAGUGGACACAGACAGCUGGACAAGAGGGUCAAAGCUGGGCAGUGGCGAGCACUGGUGGCCAUCCGCACACAGCACAUUAAAGGAGGAAGCAGUGGGAUAGCUCGAUUCCGAGGCCAGGGUGGACUGCGCACUCUCCUGGACCUGCUAAAGCACCCUGAGUGUUCCAGGAAGACUCUGGACCUGGCUCUCAGCAUCCUGGCUAACUGCUGCACUGAGAGACAGACACGAGUUGAGGUUAGGAGGCUUGAUGGAAUAUCUAUUGUGGUGGGUAUUUUGAAGAAGAAUGUAGCCAUGGAGACGAUCCAGAACAGAGCAGCCCGGGCCUUGGGGAACUUGGCCAUGGACCCAGAGAGUUCCACACUUAUCCACUCUGCCGGUGGUGUUCCACUCCUGCUCCUCUGCAUCUCUCUUGCAUCUGCCCCAUCCCCUCCCUCUGAUGACCCACUGGAAGCCCCUUCCUCUAAACUAGAGUGUGCUCAGUCAGCUGCCCGUGCCCUCCUCUACCUUGCAGACACCCCCUCAAACCGCCUUUUACUGCUCACCCAGGGUACUCUGACUGCUCUCGCCCCGCUCAUUGCUCCAGAGUACCCUCUGGGGCUGAGGAGAGCAGCACUCCGGACCCUCCAUGAGCUCACCAGGAGCUGUGGUGUAGAGUGUGCUAGAGAGGUGUCCCGAUCUGGGGUUCUAGCUCAGCUAGGUGUCAUGGCUUCGGGAGAGGCCGCUAAACCUUUUGAGGAGCUUGCGUUGAAAACCCUGGCCAACAUGUGCACUCAAGGCUGCUUACGUCCUCUGGUGGGUUCCCUGGGGGUAAUCCAGAAGUUUACGGAGGAGGUCAAGAAGGACGGCCUGAAGUCUGGAGUGUUCCUCAAGGCUCUCUGCUUAUGCUGCAAAGAGGCAGUGAACCGGGCCAAAGUGAAGGAGAGCGGCGGUCUGGAGGUGUUAAUUGGCUUCCUUGGUGUCCAUCGGAGCCACCCCCUCGACCGAUUGGUCAUUCUGGCCUGUGUUGACUUUGUCUAUGACGAAGCUGCCCUGGAACAUUUACAAGAAUUGGGAAUAGUCCCCCUGCUAGUUGCUCGGUUAGUGGAGCUGGCUAAAGGUGAGGAGCCAUCUGCUGGGAAGAUGGAUGUGAGCCUCACCUCUACCAUGUUUGCGUCAGAGCUGCUGUCUACGUCAUGUUUCGACUCAUUUGACUUCCCUCCCCCAGAGGGGAACAGGAAAGAGGAGAUGGGGAAGGAGCAUGUCCUUGGGUCAUCCAGCUUUCUUAGCCUGAGGUCCUGGUUGGUGUCUGAAGGGUUGAUCUCCUCUGAGGGGGAUCUUCUUGACUCUUCUGGAGGCACGGAGGGAGAUUGGGGGAGUCUUCAUAUCCCUUCUUCUCCCCAAACCUCUUCCACUGACUGUCAUUCCCCUUUAAAAUGCUUAUCUCCUACCAGCUCACUACCUUCCUCCACUCCCUUAUCCGCACCCAAAUCUCAGAGUCAAUCCACCCCAUCUACCUCAACGAGUUCUCCAGCUCAGGUCCACAUGUCAUCUCCCUCAAAAACCGCUGAUCUGUCUCCCUGUGUCCCUCUGCCCUUCUCUACCUCCACCCCCCGAGCCCAGCCCAGCUCCUCUACCUCCACCCCCCGAGCCCAGCCCAGCUCCUCUACCUCCACCCCCCGAGCCCAGCCCAGCUCCUCUACCUCCACCCCCGAGCCCAGCCCAGCUCCUCUACCUCCACCCCCGAGCCCAGCCCGGCUCCUCUACCUCCACCCCCGAGCCCAGCCCGGCUGCUCUACCUCCACCGCCCAGCCCGGCUCCUCUACCUCCACCCCCCGAGCCCAGCCCGGCUCCUCUACCUCCACCCCCCGAGCCCAGCCCGGCUCCUCUACCUCCACCCCCCGAGCCCAGCCCGGCUCCUCUACCUCUUCUCUCCCCUCCCCCACUAUUCCACCCCUCACUUCCGUCUCCCCAUCCAAGUUCUCCUCCCCUCCAUGGAAAAGGCCACGUGUCCCCUCAACCACCCGCUCCAGUGUGGUGCCCCUCGACACCCCUCCCACAGUGUCCCGACCCCAGGCCUACCACCACCCCUACCACCCUGAGCCUUGGGCCCCAGAGUCUCCCAUCCUGCUGCUGCUCUCACGCUUCUCUCAUGCCACGGACCCCAGCGCUGCUCUUGUCAACUCAGGCAUCAUCUCUGGCCUACUCUUCUACCUCAGCCAGCAUCAGGACCCCAGCGGCAGGUGCUUCCGCAUGCUGUGCCGGCUGAGCUGCAACCCCAACUGUCUGCAGGCGCUGGUCAGGACUGGCUCAGUGGCUCUGAUCCGCCAUCACCUGGUCCAGAGAGGGAGUGACCCUGAGAGUUGGGGAGCUGGAGAGAGGCAGACUGAUAGGGUCAAGUCCAAAGUGAAACAGCUUGGUCUUGCUCUGCUUAGUAAUCUACGUGUUCAGUGUGAGUCUGGAUUUGGUUCUGGAGUCCUGAGCCAUGUGAUGCUGUCAGGCUCAGAGUCAGACAAGCUGAACUGUGCUCUGUCUCUACCACUAGUAAAUGGUAACAAGGUUCUCUUGAAGAAACUUCUUCUAGACAACGGUGGUCUACUCUUGGCUCUGGAGCCCCUUGGAUGUAAUGAGGAUGAGGAAGAGGAAGACCAUCACACCAGUGAAUGCCGACGACUCCUCUCAGAUUGUCUCAACUCACCGCAACAUGUCUCCGCCCCCCAGCUCCACUCUCUAUAUUUCUCCCUGCUGAUUGGAUGCCUCUCUAGUCUGAUGGGUUGCCCCAAAACAGUACUGGCUAAAAGAAGGUGCAGGGUACUCAGUCCUAUCAAACCCCUGUCAGUCUCACAAACCGGUAAAGCUUCACCCCCUCCCUUAAAAAAGCCUCGUCUGGUCAAUAUCUGUCCUUACAAUGACUCAACCUUUGACCUCCUCUUCCUGCUGGAUGAUGGGAGCCAGGUGUCAGCCAAUAGGGAAGCAGUGGCUGGGGCGGAGGGAACUGAGGUGGUGGGGUCAGAGUACUUCAGGGCCCUGUUGAGGGGGGGCUUUGGAGAGGCACAAGGGAGAACUGGGGAGGCCAUCCCCAUCAGGGAUGUGAGCCAAGGCAUGCUGCUACCUGUACUGCACUAUCUGCAUGGCUGUCGCCUGAACAAGGACGGAGAGACUGCAGAGGAACAGGGGGAUGAGACGGAGAGAGAAGGCAGAGGAGAGUGUCAGAUUUUGGGAUCCUUGGCCUCUGAGGGGCUGGGUGUCUGGCGAGACGGGGCAGAAGAACCCUCACCAGAGGCACAGGGCUUCCAGAAGACCCCCCUAGCCGAGACGAUGAUGGGGGCCUGUAGGUUUUUGGUGACGGAGUUGCAGAGGGAGGUGGAGGAUCUGUGUGUGUCUUUGCUGUCCUGCUCUGCCAAGAAUGCUGGUCGAAUUGCAGACGUUGGCAAAAAUCCUCCAUCUAACAUGGACCAAUAUGGGUCAGAGGGAGAGUCUGCUGACGAGAGCCUGGCAAACCGCACAUCUGGACUAGAGUUGAGUGGUUCUGAGGCCCAGACAGACUCCUUGGCCCCCACAGUGACAGCAGGCCAGGCUGAGUCACUACAUGGCUCUGGACUCCAACCCUGUCAGCAGACUGAGGGUAGACGGCACUCUGCCCCUGGACCAGGCCAGAAGGGCAUUAGUGCACCAACGACAACCUCAGGACUGGAGACUUGUGUCAAUCCGCUGAAAUCAAGUUCUGCCUCAAAGUGCUGCAAAAGACGUUCUAAACUGAGGAGUGUUUCAAACACACAGAAGGUUGCGGAUUCUGUACAGGACUCUAAAGUUGGUCCUGGUAGAUGGACCCUCCUACCACAGGUGUAUUGGUUUUCCCAACGGUACAGCUAUCCUGGACUGGGCAGGGCCUGCCUGUCCCUACUGCUGGGCUCUCAGGGCUUCUCCCAGCCCCGCCCUUCUUCCCUGGCUGCAGACUGCCUGCGCAGACUGGCCAAAGAGGCAGACUGUACAGAGACUCUGAAACAUGACCUAGUGAGUCUGGCCACCAUGGCCCUGAGCUGAGGAGGAGGGGGGGGGGUGUUGGGUGGAGAUGGAGGUGAGGAGAGGAGAAACAGGAUCAAAUAGAUUUAUUAGGGAUGGUAUGAGAUCAUGUGAUUGUCUCUCCAAUGACACUGAAUUUAACGUUUGUCAUUGUGAAAAGCCUUCCUUCCUUGUGAAUAUCUGUCUUUGUCUCACAACAAAUAACCGUUAUAUUCCAAUAUUGGCGUUUACAAAGUAAUUGAAGUUGUGAAUUAUUUUCUUCAGAAUAUUACAUUUAUAUUUAAAGUAGUCAUGCUACCAUUUAAAGGGAUGGGUUCUCAGACAGAAUCAUGAGGGAAAUCAUUUUUUAUCUCAUGGUGCACUGUAAAUUAAGUUGUAUUAUAAUUAAAAUAUAUUGGCAUAACGUAAUAUGCUAAAUACUUUUGUUGCAUGUAAUGUUAACUUUUUUAAAUAUUUUCAGUUUGAUUUUGAAAUAUACACAGCUGUCCUGUAAAUGUCCUUUAUUGACUUGGAUGACUCUAAUAAUCAGGGUGGGACUGGGUGCCAUGUUGUAUAUGCUGUAAAUAAAGUGAACUUUAGGAGUAGCUGCAAGGUGACGAUAACAGAGAUCAGCUUUCACUCCCCUCAUGUGAAUCCACGCUCCUCAAUAAAUCUGUUUAGACGUC